AACAAAAGCAAGGAACUAUUGCAUUUCUUUGAACUAAAGGUAUACAACUCUCCAUUCUAAUUUUAAAACCAUGUUUUCAGGGUGAAGGAUAGAAAUAUUCCUGGCUAGCUUAUAAAUUUCUCUCUCCAGAUGAACAAGUUUGGCAUUCCUCUCUCUCUCUCUCUCUCUCUCUCUCUCUCUCUCAAGUUUCAUAAGCCAUGGCUUCUGGAGCAGGCAAAUCUGCAGCAUUCAUGCUCUUAAUCGUCAAUCUCAUACUGUACCUCAUUAUUAUUUUAAUCUCUGGAUGGGCCGUCAAUCAUGGGAUCGAAAGAGCUCACGAAGCAGCAUCUGUGUUGUCAAUUCCAGCUCGGAUUUUCCCGAUAUACUUUCCGUUUGGUAACCUGGCCACCGGAUUCUUCGUGAUUUUUUCCCUCAUUGCCGGAGCUGUUGGAUUCAUUACCUCAUUCACUGGAAUCCACAAUGUGAUUCAAUGGAACGCACCUAACUUACAUGCAGCUGCAGCCUCUUCUCUUGUAACAUGGACCCUCACACUGCUUGCCAUGGGAUUGGCAUGCAAAGAGAUCAAUAUAGGCUGGAUAGAUUCAAACUUGCGUACUUUGGAAACCAUAAUGAUAAUUGUGAGCGGUACGCAAUUGUUCUGCAUGGGAGCGAUCCAUGCAGGGAUUGAAGAUGUGGUUGGAAGACAGAUGACUGGCAGAGGCAGAGGCAGAGUUUGAGCUUGAUAUGUAUAGAUGCAUAAUUAUAUGAUGUCUUACAUGGCCCAAACUUACACAAAAAAAAAAAAAAAAAACCUUGAUUACUUUUACUUGUUAUUCUUUUAUAUAUGCAUUUCUUGGGUGUGUUUUAAGAGGAUUGCAAAGGUCUGUUAAGGUGCAUUGACCUCAGGUGGUGUGUGAAAGUUGUGAUACUUCUGCCUUCUGCUUGAAUUUACGAAUUUCGAGUUUGAUAAAUACUUACCCGACACUUCGAUAAGAGUAUGAGAUUCAUGCUUCUAUGUAUGUUUAGUUGGACAUUUACUAAGAAAAUGUAUUAAAUCUCUGGUUUGGAUUUACCAUG